AUGGCAUCUAAGGAUUCUUCGGAUGCAGCAGCACCUUUGGCAACAAAGGACGAAGCCACAGGAAAUAGUCCAAUGCCUCCUAUAGGCGCAGCUCAAUUAACACCCUCAGAUGUCAACGCUGUGGCCGUAAAAAUCGACAUGCCAACGAUCGACCGCAGGAACAUCGAAGGAUGGUUCCUAAGUCUCGAUUACUGGUUCCCCGCAAUGGGUAUCAAAAGCCAUACCCAGAAAUUCAACACGGUGAUGGCAGCUCUCGGUCCACGUACGCUGCAAGAUUUCCUAGCCACGUUAGGAGAAGUGCCUGACCAGGGUCGAUAUGAAUUCGUCAAACAGCGACUAAUAACCUUCUGCACCGACAGCCAGCAGCGACGCUUAAAUCAAGUGCUGAACGAAACCCAGCUGGGUGAUCAAAGGCCUAGUCAGUUGUUUACGGAAAUGAUGCGGCUAGUCGGCGAUACAAUGAGAGAAUCAGCGGUAAAGAAUCUGUGGGCAAAACGUCUACCAGUUUAUGCUCAAGCUGCUGUAGCUGCGUGCUCAGGCCCACCGGAAGAAUACCUUAAAAUUGCGGACGCCAUCGUCGACACUAUCAGCCUGCAGGUGAACAGCAGCACAGCUGAAAAAGGCUGCCGCCUUACUCCGGCAUCAGCCACGUAUGCAGAAAAAUCGCAAGCCAACACCGAGUACAACGAGCUACAAAGCGCCAUCAAUGCGCUAGCACAACGUUUCGACCGCCUCUAUACUGAUCGCAACACCGAUAGGAAGGGUAAUAGAUCCAGAUUCCGACAGCAGUCUCGCGAGCGCCGUAGAAGCAGCACACCUGCUAACUUAGAUGAGUGCUGGUACCACCGAAAAUUUGGAUCCAAUAGCAAGAAUUGUAGACCACCAUGCAAACACUAUAAGACUAGCAGAGGUGAUCACAGCCCGAAAUGA